AUGGGAAGAUCCAAGCGGAUUCCAGGGUCUAAGUCAAUGAUUGUGUUGGGAGAUAACCGGGGCUACAUUCAUUACCAAGGAAUGCCCAAAUUCUGCAGAAAGUGCGGCAAAAUGGGACAUUUAGCCGAUGCAUGCCAGGAGUUAAUAUGUGGGAAGUGUAGAGGAAUUGGUCAUGUCUUUGAAGAAUGUACCAUUGGCAGGCGGUGUAAUCUUUGUGGUGACACAAACCAUCUCUACAGAGAUUGCCCCAAGAGUUUUGCCAACAAACUGAAAGGUAACAAAAUGGCCACCCCACCAGAGGAGCAAACAAGCAAACAAAGAGAGGAGGCAGAGCCUGAGGUUUUGGCGGGAAAUUCAAAUUUCCCGCCAGCCUCAGGGAUUGGGCAAGGAAAAGGAAGUGGGGAGGCCAUAGGGGCGGAGUCACCGACACAGAGGGAGGAAGCCACUCCCGAACAACAAGAAAAUGAAGUGGACAUGGAAAGUGGAGAGGAGGAAAUGGCUUCCUCCCUCGAAACCGUCUCUGAGGUGAGUGUGUCGACUAGUGGGAGUGAAACUGAUGGUUCACUCCCAAAUGCUCAAGUGCAGAAAAGAACUGCGAGAUCUUCUCUGUCUGAUACGGAGGAGAAAAGGCUGAAGGCAUCGCAUCGGCUAGAUAGUUCUCCACCGGAAGAUCUAGACCGUCAGGUUUGUUUCAGAGUGGUUGGAUGCUCUGGAGGGAGUGUAAUGUUCAAGUGCAUGAGCUCAAACCAGAGAAAGUCUUAUGAUCAGUUUAAAGGAAAGUAUUUCUGCAGAAACAGAGACUGUACGACAGGAAUCAGUACUGAGACUCAGCACUGCUGGUAUUAUAACGGGAGAUUCGCUCUGUAUGACGAUGAAAACAGCAGAUUCUUCACAGUGUUCAUCAGGAACCUCAGCAGAGAGGAUGAUGGGAAAUACACAUGUGGAGACAACCAGAUAUGGAGUCAUGAUGUUGAUUUAGUGGUGAACAGAAACUCUUCUUCUUGUGGGAUGUUUGUUAUCCGAUCUGCAUAUUUUGGUCAAACGAUCACUUUCAACUGUAAAUAUGAUCAUAAGUUCAAAACACACACCAAAGUCUUCUACAGAGUGAACGUGGAUCCUGUGCAUGUGCUGAACAGCUCUCAAUCAUCACAAUCAUCUGAGGAGAAGUUCAUCCUGACUGACAGACAGAAAGAUCACUUUACUGUGACCAUCAGAGACAUUUCUGCAGAGGAUGAUGGAGUUUAUUUAUGUGGAGUGGAGAGAGACGGAUCAGAUAAACCACCUUCAGAAACAUCAAUUACUCACAUCACCUUCAUUAAAGAGAUUGAGCUGAAUGUUUAUAGUCAAAUAACUUCUGUCCAGGUUCAGGCCUACAUCAGUAAAUCAGUCUUCAUCACGUGUAAAUUUCCACAAGUAUUCAAAGAAAACAAGAAAUUCAUCCAGAAAGAUUCAUCACAGAAGAUCCCUGUUGAUGAACAGAAGCAAUGGAUCCGUCAUGAUAAAGUGCACAUGUAUGAUGAUACCAGUAAAGGACUGUUGAAGGUUUUUAUCAGUGAUUUAACUGCAGCUGAUGAAGCGACGUACAGAUGUGGAGUGAAUACUGCUGAUGACGAUCUGUUCACUGAGAUCAAACUGACAGUCAAUCAAGUUGAUCAUUUUCGUGAAUUGAGUAAAUCAGUUGCUAUUAUUGGAGAAAGUGUGAAACUGACCUGUAAUUACUCUGAGAAACACGAGACCAUCAAACACAUCUGCAAAGAGAACGAGGAGAAGAUCUGUCAGAACAUCAGUUCAUCAGAGAAGCAGCGCUUUGAGUUUUCUGAGAGUACAGCAGGAGUUUUUACAGUGAGCAUCAGUAAUGUGAGGCUGAGAGAUGCUGGAGUUUACUGGUGUGGAGCAGAAACCAGACACACGCAUCUGACUUCUGUUUCUCUCAUCAGUAAACACGAACUGACUUUAUCCAUGCCUCCAGUGAUCAGACGUGAAGGAGAUUCAUCUGAGAUCAGAUGUCCUUAUGAUGGAAACCACACAAAAGAAAUAAAGCUUCUGUGCAAAGGAAAUUGUUCCACUAAAGAUGCUCAAAAUAUCAUUCGAUCAGAUGAAGAUCAUGUUAAAAAACCAAAGAUUUCAGUAAAGGACGACACUGAACUCAAUCUCUUCACUGUGAACAUGGCUGACCUGAGAGCAGAGGAUGCUGGGAAAUACUGGUGUGCAGUGAAAGAUGUGUUUAACCUUCCCUUUGAGCUCAUGAUCAUCAUGAAGGACGCGGUCACUCAUGAAGCGCCUGUCGGAGGAUCAGCGUCCAUCAGCUGUAAACACAUCAGGAAUCACAGUCAGAGGUUUUUCUGCAGAGGAGAUCAGCCGAAUAUCUGCAUCAGAGACGGAGUUCGUGUUUCAUCGAGUAACAGCACAAACAGCAGAUUCUCUCUUACAGAAGAAAUCUCUGCUGGAGUCUUUACUGUGAAGAUCAGCGAUCUGAGAGCAGAGGAUUCUGGGAAAUACUGGUGUGCAGAGGAGAGUUCUGGAUCCUUCAUAUUCACUGAAGUUCAGCUACAUGUGACCAGAGAAAUGACGACAUCUGACACCAAAAGAGAAACUUCCCAGGAAAAGCCUGAUGUUUCUUUUGUUCACACAACCAUCAUUUCAUCAGCGGAGAGAAGACAGACAGGGGAUCAUGAAACGGCUCAAGAAGACUUUCAGGACGCCAGACGCCACACAGAUCCUGAACCAACUCAUCUCUAUUCAACUGUACAGUCAACCACAAUCCCCUCUGAUACACAAAAUCCAAUUUACUCCACAGUACAGUCACCCACAAUCCCCUCUGAUGGGCUCCUGUAUUCUUCCAUCAGUUUCCAGAAGCGUGAAGAGUCUCUCAGUGACGCUACAGUCAGAUUCAGAAAAGAGGAGAUUCACUGUGAAUAUGCAUCUGUCAAUCACAGCAUCUCACCAAAUUAA